ACUAACCAACGCGCCAGCUAUAUUUCAGUGAUGUAUGAAUGAUCUGUUUAGGCCUUGGUUAGAUAGGUUUGUCGUAGUAUACUUAAACGACAUCCUCGUGUUCAGUAGGACCCUCCAAGAGCACCAGGGUCAUUUAAGGCAGUUCUUGGAGAAGCUCGGAGAGGCUAACUUCAAGAUCAACGUGAAGAAGUGUGAGUGGGCCAAGACACAGGUCUUGUACUUGGGCCACAUAUUAGACGGAGAUGGCAUUAAGCCAGAGGACAGCAAGAUAGCGGCGAUUAGAGACUGGCCGACGCCCCGCACGUUGACAGAGUUGCGGUCGUUCUUAGGCCUAGCUAACUACUAUAGGAAGUUCGUGAGGAACUUCUCGACUAUCGCCGCACCCCUCCGCAGGUUGCUCAAGAAAGAGGCAAUUUGGCAGUGGGAUAAGGACUGUACGUCUGCGCUAAAGAAGUUGAAGUGCGCGUUGAUAGAAUACCCUGUCCUCAAAGUAGCAGAUCCGUCUUUGCCAUUUGUCGUCACCAUGGACGUGAGUCAGUAUGGGAUAGGCGUCGUGUUACAGCAGGAUGACGACAAUGGCUACAGACCCGUAGAGUUCAUGUCAGCGAGGAUGCCCUCAAAGAAGGUUGCUACCUCGACGUAUGAAAGGAAACUCUACGCUCUCAGCGAAAGUGCUGAUGUCGCCGAGCAUUGCCACUACAUGGUUAACGCGGUCCUCCAGUUGGCAGCUAGAGGGCGCACUGCUGGAAGCCCCAGCAGCUGGUCCUGGUACAGCCUGUUCCAGGUCCAGCAAUCAGGCAUUGAGUGCCCGAGUUGCAUCCUCGUGGCUCUGCACCAUGCGGCGGAGCUGUGCCAACUCUUGAUGCUGUUACGUCAGGAAGAGAAGGAUGUUGUAGUCAGGGAGUUUGAGGCAAUGACCAAUCCCCUGGACCGCCAGGCGCUAGAGAAUGAAAAAAAGUUAGAGUGGAAACUGCGUCUGGCAAGGGAGAAGAAAAGAAGGAGGGAGGAGGCCAGUCGGAUGGCAAAGGAGAUGGAGAAGGUGCAUUCCUGUAGGAGGGAAGUAGAAGCCCAUCAGGAUAUCCGGGCUAAGAUGGAUAAGAUUUUGAGCAGCAUAGAGAUCUUGGGUCAGGCCUGGACCGAGCAGCAAUUAACCAGCGAGGGCCAACAUAUGGCCCUGCACUCCAUUCGACUGGGUUUUCGAGACUUUGCGCUCGAUAUUGUGACUCAUAUGGGGUCACAGUUUCAAAGACUGAAAGAGGGUGCAGAAAAAUACUGCACCGACGCCUUGGAAGGCGCUAAAGCUAUAGCCGCCGCUGAGACUGAGGCUAGACCCCGCAAGGAACCGGUAAAGCUCAAGUUCCCAGUCGCGUAUGGCGGAAAGCCCGAAGAAAAUUUCGAUAAUUGGGAGGUUAGCGUGAACAGUUAUGUCUACCUACAACACAUUGUGCAGGAUGAACAAGUCCUAGUAGCCUUCCAUGCCCUGAAGGAUGAAGCGGCUAGCUUCGCCAGAUCCCUCGCGCGUGAGGCCAGUUGUGAGAACAACAUGGUCGCAUACUCCAAAGUCACCACCAUCCCUCAGUUCCUCAAGCUCCUCAGGGAGCGAUUCACUGAUCUCAGAAGGGGCGUUAAGGCCUCUGAUAAACUCCAAACUAUCCACUCACGACAGUGGAGGAAUGCGCGAGCACUCAAAGCGGUUAUGGACGAGCUGAUAGUCGUCCCGGACCAUGGGGUCACUGAGGCUCAACUGGUCCAACUUUUCAAUCGUGCCAUGCCAGAGCCCUUACGAGGGCAUUUCUUUGACGAAAGCCAACAGCCCACCAUGACGUAUGACGCAUUGAGUAGAGAGGUGGUGUUUUGUGAGGGAGGGAACACAGACUUUGGGGAAGGGUAUGAAAACAGGAUGGACAUCCCUCAUAACUUAAAUCCGAAAAAUUUUACGGGUGAGUUCAGCCCCGUACGGGGAGAAAAGGAUGAGGACAAGGAGGAAGAAGUGCAGGAGGUCAUUGAGAUUAACAGUGGUGAUGAAACGAAUGAAAUCUCGAGGCCUAGAGAAGAAGGGCGACCCACCGCAAGCAGGUUACAAGAGGGACCCUUCAGAUGGGAACAUGAGUUUGGACCUACGCCCAGUCAUUGGUUUGAGCAAUGGAUUAGCGUGAUCAAGCGCGACUGGAUUAUCAAGGUCAGGGAACUGAUGGAGGCCGGAGUGGCAGCCACGCCUUUGGACUUUUACAAUGAAAGGGAGCUGCGGGAAAUUGCGAAGAGAAAGAGGGAAAUCCCGACCUCCGACCUGGGAGUCAAAGCGUCAGCGGGAAGACAGGAUGAGCAAGGGGCCAAGCGAGAUAGGAUAGAUGACAACGAGAGGGACUAGACGUUAUGAGCAUUGAACAAAAAUUGUGUUUUUCUUUUGCAAUAUUGAAGUGAUAAAAAAGUUUGGAUAGU